UUCCCCUCCUCAUGAUCCAGCUCUACAGGACCAUGCUGACCCAGGACCGAGGCAGGAGAGAGAGCUGGAUCGUGGACAACCCUGGACUGCAUAACUCGGACUCUGUGACCAGUCUUGUCGCUAAAAGCUGCCAGCAGAGAGGCAACAGGUGGUCCAUCACCUUUGACAUGUCGUCCGUGUAUUCCAGCGACAACAUCCAACAGGCCGAGCUCAGAAUCCGUCUUCCUGCCUUCAGCGAAUCCUCCAGAGCCCAGGUGGACAUCUACCACUCCAAAGUGGACCCGUGUUCAGAAGAAAACUGCUCAGACAACAGGGUGUUCCUGGGUCACCUCAAGACACAUCCCGGCUCCAUGCCGCCUUCCUCUUCCUCCUGGAAGGUGUUCACCAUGACGGAGAUGAUCAACCGUUGGCAGGAACACGAGGAGCAGGAACCGCCUAUGCACAUGCAAGAGGUUGCCGAGGAGAUGGAGGAAGAUCUGGAAGGAGUCCAACACCCUACAGCGGACCGGGUCAUGAUGGUGGUCUUCGCCAGGCAGAACCCUGAUGCUCAGAGGACGCCCACUCUCAUCCACACAGCUGAACAGUCCAAGUACGUGAGCUUGGAAAGGGACGGCGGCUCCAAGAUGAAGCUACGCCGGACCAAACGGCACCCGCAGGAGCAGCAUCAGCACAGAGGAAGGAUGCCGGUGGCGACCCCUGUUGCCACUGACAACAAGGAGAGUCCUCUGUGCAGAAAGGUGGACAUGUGGGUGGACUUUGAGAAGCUAGGUUGGAGUCAGUGGAUCGUCUAUCCCAAACGUUACAACGCGUUCCGCUGCGAGGGGGCCUGUCCCACACCUGUAGAUGAGAGCUUCUCUCCAACCAACCAUGCUUACAUGCAGAGCCUGCUGAAGCUCCACCACCCACACAAGGUGCCAUGUUUGUCCUGCGUGCCCACACGCCUGGCGCCGCUCUCCAUGCUUUACUACGAGAACGGCAAGAUGAUCAUGAGGAACCACCAGGACAUGGUGGUGGAAGGGUGUGGCUGCCACUGAGAACAAAGACUGUAGAGACGGAGCAGCGACAGACUAGCAUGGAUUCUCCAAAUGAUGCAACUAUAAAGUAUGGCAGGACACUGACAGAAGCACUCAGAUACACAAAGUACCGUUUUUAAUGCAUGAAAUGUACACU